AUGGAGCUCCACAACCUUGUUAAGAACAGCAGCCAGGCAGACCUCUGUGAUGCCGGGGACUGGAGUUCAGCAAGGCCUGACCAGGCAGAUGCAGUGGCCAUUAGAGCUUCUUACUGCUAUCAGAAACACUGUAUGUCCACACCAAUGGAAGGAUCUAGACUUAGCCUUUCUCCAGAAUCCUCGUCAUCCCAUUUGCAAGGCCCUGUGGUUCAGCCAAACUUCUUCCCACCAGUACCUCUUGACUCAGAGAACAGCCAAAUAACUGGAGAACGGCAAGUCUGCAACUGUUGCAGCCAGGAACUGGAAACUUCUUUUACCUAUGUGGAUGAGAAUAUUAACUUGGAGCAACGGAUCCAGAGGUCCCCUUCAGCAAAAGGGAGUCAUAACCCUGGAGAACAGGGCUGGGGCAAUCCAAAUGAGUGGUCCCAGGAGGCUGCCAUCUCCUUGAUAUCUGAAGAUGAAGAUGAUACAAGUUCAGAAGCAACGUCUUCAGGGAAGCCAGUGGACUAUGGUUUCAUCAGUGCCAUCUUGUUCUUAGUCACCGGCAUUUUGCUGGUGAUCAUAUCUUACAUUGUCCCACGGGAAGUGACAGUGGAUCCCAACACAGUAGGCGCCCGAGAGAUGGAACGUCUAGAAAAAGAGAGUGCAAAGCUGGGGGCUCACCUGGACCGCUGUGUGAUUGCGGGGCUCUGCCUCCUCACUCUUGGGGGCGUUGUCCUGUCCUGUUUGUUGAUGAUGUCUAUGUGGAAGGGUGAGCUCUAUCGAAGGAACAGAUUUGCCUCUUCCAAAGAGUCUGCAAAACUCUACGGUUCUUUCAACUUCAGGAUGAAAACCAGCACCAAUGAAAACACCCUGGAACUGUCUUUGGUAGAAGAAGAUGCUCUUGCUGUUCAAAGUUAAUUCUGCUCAUGAACAUCAUGAGAAUUUUGCCUAGGCAUUAUGAAAAAAAAAAUGAUAAUAGUUCUCUCAAAGUUAAUAGUGCAGUUUGCCUGGAAAGAAAAGUUCCUGUCCAAAAUCAACAGCCAGUGAGUGGGUUAUUUUGUUUGUUUUGUUGUUUGUUGUUCUCCAUGUAUCUUCUAUUUAGAAGAAAAACCAGGAAGUUACACUGUGGCUCAA